UGAAAAUUAGGUUCGAAAGACAACGGUAAUUUUCCUUUUCUUUUCUUUUCUUUUCUUUUUGUUUCCUUUCUUUUGUGUUGCUUACUCCACACUCAUUCUCUUUCCAUCCAACACUGAACUAAACCAACUCAUAUCUCUGUGUCUUCUGAACUAAGUUUUAUUACAACGGUAUGAGCAUGCAAACGGAGAAUCAUAAUAAUCAGAAAAUGACGACUAAAUCAAUUGGAAGCUUAAUGCGGAAAAAACUUUCCGAUAUCACUAAUUCUCACUCUCAACAACAUCAUAACAAUAAUAAUAUCACACUCGAUACACACCCCUCCGUUAACAGUAACAAUUGCAUCCAACAACUCCUAAAGGAAAGAGCGAAUUUAAUUCAACUUCUUGCAGACAGAAAUAAAAUGAUAGAAAGGAAUGGAAGUGAGGUGCAGAGGCUGAGAGCUGAUGUUAAGAAGCUUCAAAUGCAAAACUGGAAUCUUGCUCAGAACAAUAGCCUCAUGUUAGCGGAACUUAACUUGGGGAGAGAUAAAAUAAAAACACUGCAGCAUGAAAUUUUGUGGAGAGCUGCUUUGAUUAAUGGAAAGACCUUGAACAUGCAGGAAAAAGUGGAGAUUGACCCAGAAAGGAAGGCGUUAUCACAGUUACAGGAAGGAGAUGAAAAUGAAGCGCAGCCAUCCCCUGAAACUAGCAACGAUGAAAAACAGAAUUGUUUGAACAGAAGACGCAUAAGGAAUAGAUCUACUGGUUCUUCUAUUGCUUCCACAAAGAAUACAAGCAAAGAAAAGGUUAAAGACAAUAGGAGGCGUUUGAGGAGACAUUCUGCUACCUUUAAAACCCAUGAACAUGAACCUCUAGAAAAUUUGUUCGAGAUAGAGGAUGCUCAAUAUGCUCUCACUCAAUCUAGACCCAACAAGCUGAGUUUUGCAGUUGUAAAAACCGAAAGAGGAGAAAACUCUGGUUUAAGAAAUGAAGCUCCAAGGUAUUCUUUUGGAAGACCCUUGCGAAGGGCAGUUGAGAAGGUUCCAUCUUACAAAGAGAUUCCUCUAAAUGUCAAGAUGAGAAGGAUAAUAUAAAUCAAAUAUAGGACUAUAAUCUUCCUUCAAUCAUUUAUCAUUUUGUAUCAUAAGUUCAUGUUGAUUUAUAUGUGUUGUAUGUAUCCUAUAUUGUAACCUAUGUCCUUCGUUUGUUAAGUUAUCAUUAAUUAAGUGUAUGCCCCUUCAUAGUCUAAUUAUAUACGAUACUUCGUUACUCUAACUGUUAGUUGGAACAUACAUGUCCAAUGAAUCACCAAUUUGAAGAGUGAUAAUUUUUGGGGUCA